UACACAUACCGCAUAUAUGAUACAGGUAAAUAAAAUAGGUCAAGUUCAUCCGUUUUAGCAACCUGUACACAAGUUAACGAGCGUUAUCCGUAACUUCUUUUAUAUAUUACCACAUACAAUGUCAGCCUUUUCUGAGCGCAUGAAUCAUAUUAAGAAGGAGACAUUUGUGGCUAUGGGUAUUUCUGUGGGAAUACGACUGCGCCUAUUCGACGCCAUGGCGGAGAUGGACCGGCCGGUCACAGCGACAGAAUUGGCGACGAAAACGACAUGUAAAGAGAGAUAUAUUCAACAGUGGCUAGGUUUCAUGGCGUGCAGCGAUAUUAUAAACUUCGAAGAAGAUGACUCCGGAGAAGAGAAGUUUUCCAUUCCAAACGACCGAUUGCCUCACCUCUCUACUGACACUGGAGAUUCGAACGCGAUGUGGAUGUACGGGCUGCCUAUCCUCACUGGUGUUCAGUGCCAACUGGAGAGUUGCUUCCAAAAGGAGGGACCAAACGGCAUACCACACGAAUCAUAUGGCGGAUUUAACGAGUUCCUCGACCUAUAUGGCAGAUAUGGAUAUGCUGAAAAGCUGAUAGAAAAUACUCUGAUGGAGGUGCCUGAUGUAGCAAAACAAUUAGAACAGGGUAUAUUGAUGUGUGAAAUUGGGUGCGGCACGGGAUUUCUACUCCAGACGAUGGCUAAAAAAUACCCCAGGAGUCAAUUCCUUGGCCUUGACAUUGCAGCUCGUGCCAUUGAUUCCGCCAACAAAGAAGCCAGAGAAAACGGGAUAAAAAAUGUGCAGUUUGAAGUCCAUGACGCGCACAAGCUCCCCUCUGACUGGACAGAAAAGUAUAAUUACGUUUUCCUGACAGAUGUCAUCCAUGACGUGCCCGAUCCGACAAAAGUUUUGCAAGAAAUAAAGCGCGUCUUGAAACCUGCUGGCACUGCUUCAAUUCAAGAUUUUCCAUUACGCCGCAGAGUUGCAGAUAAUCUCAAGUCCCCUAGUGCCAACACUGGUUAUUUAGUUGGUAUGUUCUACUGUAUCCCCGCCUGUAUGAACUACGGCGGACCCGGGUAUGGACCCGCGUGGGGAGUAGAGAAUUGGGUUGAAGUUAUGAAAGACGCGGGUUUUAACGUAAAACUCUGUAUGGAGAACAGUGCUCACUUCGUAUGCUCUAAGUGAAUGAAUAUUUCACUGAGAAAGACAUUUUUAACAUUUAACUUCCAAUGUCAAUGUGAUUUCAUUAUUGUGUGCUGUAGCCUAUUUGUACACCAACGAGCUUAAUUUCUUGCUUCCUACGCUGAAUUUAUUCACGAUUGGGAUAAGAUCCUCUGCCCUGUCUCAGAUUUUAAAAUAUUUCAAAGGAAAGCCUUCGAAAUUUCGAAAAUAUGUCCUGGGGUACAAAAGUUGGAUCGAGGAAGCCCAAGUAGUGUCAACACUGGUUAUUUAGUGAGCAUGUUCUACUGCAUCCUCGCCUGUAUGGACUACCUGCGUUACCCUCUACCAU